AUGGCAAGCCACAUUAUUGGAAACCGCAACAGCACCCCUGAGGCCUCGAAGUCGUCUCUUCGACCUCCAUCUUCGUCCCGCACUCUCGGAGGCUCCCAUCAGCUCCGCGCCUCAGCCGACAUGUCCGGCUUCGCCCCACCGCUAUCGGCUCGGAACAUUCGCCCCGCCUCGGAAGUGUACUUCAAUCAACAAUCUCAAGGCCAAAACAAUGCAGAUGAUGCACUGGACCGAGCUGCACAGCAGUGGUUGGCGGAUAUUGAUCAAUAUGAAACGACUUUGGAGGAGAUGGCCGCUGCCACAUUGGACCAAGACUUCAAGGAUGAGCUCAGCGCUAUUGAGCAGUGGUUCCGCGUUUUGAGUGAAGCGGAGAGAACCGCUGCCCUUUAUGCUCUACUCCAGCAGACGACCCAAGUGCAGAUUCGAUUUUUCAUUCAGGUUUUGCAGCAAAUGUCCCAAAGUCACCCAAUGUCAAGUGUGUUGUCCCCGGCAACCUUCGGUGAAAAAGACGCCAUGUCUAACCGUUUAAGCGACGCCAUGUCAAAGCUGAAUGUGGAAGGGUCUCGCAACUCUCUUGUCCGUCCGCCACCUUCUCCUGGCAACAAGCGCAACUCUGGUCUUGAUCCAUCGACUAUCAACGCUAUGUUCCCUGACGCUGCAGCCGCUAUUGCCAAGAAGAAAGCUGAGCUCACUCAACAAACUGGUAAUGCUCCAGGGUCGAACCGUAACAGCGUUGUGUUCGGUGGGGACAGGUCUUCCCUCGUUGCCCCUACCAUCUCUACCACAGAUGUUGGCAAGGAUAACUUGCCACAGCCCCCUGCCUCGCCUUGGGCCCAUCGAGCGCCAGAGCAGCAGGCUCCCAUUGCACGGCCCAAGUCCUCAUCCGGUCAACAGCCCAUGGGUCAGUUCUCUCAGCCACUUCAGUCUGCAGGUCUCCGAUCUCCGCUUUCAUCGGGUCCUUCCAAUAUCCAAAGCACCACCAUCACUGCGCCAGACCUUAUGCAGGAGCCUCCCAUGCUUUCUCCCUACAACGUAGGAAACGCAAGCUGGGCUUCCAUGACCAACACUCCUAUGGUAUCAUCUUUCAACCAGCAAAACCAGCCCAACCAAGCUGAUAUGAUUGCAAAUGCCACUGCUAUGAAACUCGCUGCCCUGUCCACUGUCAAUAACCGCAUCGCCUUAGAUGAUGCACGCAAAUACCGCCGCACCCGAUCCAACGACAACCAGAACCGCAUGCACAACCAACCACCGAUUUCUCCUGGCCUCCCAAACACCAUUCCUGGAACUAACGUUAUCAUGGUUAACGACUCCGGCCAAAUCUUGAACCCUCAGCAAAUUGCUGCUCUGCAGGCUCAACAGCAAGCUGCUAUGGGUGCACGCCGCUCUCGUCCCAACUCUCCAGGCUUGGCUUUGCAAGGAACCCCACUGCAGAUGAACUUCACUUCGCCUCAGAACAACGGAUUUUUGACUGCAUAUGAUGCCAAUGCCUACUUGGGUAAUACUCUCGGCGGAAUGGGUGUUGGUCAAUUCAGUGGCGCUGGCAGUCACGAAGGAUACCUGUCUGAUCAUUCUGAAAUCGCGCGUGGUCGCUCCCCGCGCGGUCGACGUGGAAGCUCAAAGCCACCAGAAGAUCCAACCGACCCCAGCCUCCUCCAAGAUAUCCCUGGCUGGCUUAGAUCCCUUCGCUUGCACAAGUACACCGACAACCUUAAGGAUCUUAAGUGGACAGAAUUGGUUGAGUUGGAUGAUAAGGGCUUGGAAGCCCGCGGUGUGAACGCUCUUGGUGCAAGAAACAAGAUGUUGAAGGUCUUUGAUCAAGUCAGGGAAGCAAAAACAGAGGGGAAGCUCAACACUAUCCUCUAA